CACUUACAGUUUCGUUCCAUCAUACCAAAUCAACAAUCUUGAUGCUACUAAGCUUACUUAAGUCAAAUUUAAAUAGUUCUACAUUUGCUUCGCAUUUGUUUUUACCUCACUGAUACCCAAAGACGUGUACAAAUUACCAACACAUUCAAGAAUGAUAAAUGAUUAUACCUGUAUAAUGAUCAUUGUUAUGAACUUAUGAAUCACAUUGUCAAAAUAUUCCUCGAUAUGUCAAAAAUGUGAAUAUUACAGCUGAACAAUUUCGCAAUAAUACAGCCGUAAAUUCGUACAGGAAACGGAACCUACAAUAUCUAUGCUUUCGGUGAUACAGUUUACAAUUCGGAACUCAUCGCUUUUACCGGCAGACUUCUUUCCGUUACGAAAAAUCGGAGCAGGACUUAUCAUCAAAAUUCUCGAGUUAAGUACAUUUGUCACUUACAGACAACUCCGUUGUCACUCCGUUGAAGAUGAGCAAUUUGAACAAGAAAAAUUCGCAAGCAGCAUCUCGCCAAGGGCGAUACUCUGAUCACAGAUUAACACCGCGAAAAUUGUCAUGGUUACUACGCCACUCCGUUGAUGUCGCUGAACACAUGGACCCAGAUGGGUUUGUUCCGUUCGAUAUUCUGCAGCAGAUCAGCGGUGCCGGUCUAGAGCAAAUUCAGGAAGCAAUUACUAAAGAUAGCAAAGGUCGCUAUGAGGUUCGCGAUGACGAAGUGCGGGCCGUCAACGGUCACAGUGUUCACUUUUGUCAGAAUUAUGAAAUUCUACCUCAACCACCGGAAUAUCUUUACCAUGCCACAAACAAUAAAGCCCUUCCGCUAAUUAUGGCCGGUGCGCUGAAAAAAAUGGGACGACAUUACAUACAUAUGUACGAGAAGCCACCUCAGAAGACGUCGGUACGGUACAGAAUUUUAAAAAUAAAACCUCCGAGUGGGCAUGUAUUUUUUCGAACUAAAAAUGGGUACAUCCUGUGUCAAGACGAUAUACCAGCCGAAUUCAUAGAAGUUGUCAGCUAGUAUAGGAAAUCACUAGCUAUCACAUAGAGUAAAGAAUCAAUUCUACGCUGGUGUUGUUACUAACAUAGGUACUGAUUUCUGAUAAUGGACAAGCCAAGUGCCUUCGUUUUAAUCAAAAGAAGGAAUGCAAUCCUUGAUUGAAACGAAGCUCCUGUUCACGUUAUUAUCCGCGAGGGAAUUUUAUCGUGUUGCUGCUGAAGUAUUCAACAUAACAGUUACUUUGAUAACGGCUAGGAAGUUUGAAACAGGAUCCAUGCCCAUGGAAUAAACUACUUAUUCUGCAUUAUAAUGCUUUUACUAACUUUUCAUUAUUUAUAUAAAGCAUAUUUCAAAAAACAAAA